UUAAGAAUCUCGCUGCUCUCAGCGUUUCUUUAACUUCGGAUUUUCUCCUGCCACUCUGCCUCUGGAACGAGCGUUGUAGCAGAGUCUUCUAUUUCUCAGCUGGACUGACUUGAUGGCCACCUCCGACUACAGCAACCUGAAGUCACCCGGGUCGGAGGACCAGGGCAGUCUCCCCAAGGGCCCCAGUGAAUUGGUGGAUGAGCAGCAGCCUCUGACGGCUAUGGAGGAGAAGGCUAUGAUCCGUCGUAUCGACCUUUGUCUGCUUCCUCUCAUGUUUGUAUCCUAUCUGCUGCAAUAUUUGGACAAAACAGCCAUGUCCUACACCUCCAUCCUGGGGCUUUUGCAAAGCACGCAUAUGGAUACGGAGAAGUAUUCAUGGGCCUCUAGUGCAUUUUACUUUGGUUACAUGGUUGCAUCCUAUCCUGUUUCCUUAGGGUUUGUCAAAUUUCCGAUCGGAAAGUAUCUCUCAAUCAUGAUGAUAAUUUGGGCAAUUAUCUUGACCUGCCAUGCAGCUGCCUCUAACUUCGCAGGCAUAACAGCUCUGCGUGUAUUGCUCGGCGUAUUCGAAAGCGCAAUCAGCCCGGGCUUCACCAUCGUGGUAGGAAUGUGGUAUACACCCUCCGAACACGCCUUGAGAAGCUGUAUCUGGUUCGCUGGAAACGGUGUAGCCUCGAUCUUCGGAGGAGUUCUCUCUUACGCAAUUGGGCACAUCCAUAAUCGCGUAGCCCCAUGGCAGUGGGUCUUCAUUAUCUUCGGAAUCAUCACCCUAGUCUGGUCGAUCUUCCUAUUCUUUGUCCUCCCAGACUCACCCCUGAACGCAAAAUUCCUCUCGCCAACCCAGCGCGGCCCAGCCUACCGCCGCGCCCAAGCCAGCCAACAAACCUAUCAAAGCCGUGAAUGGAAAAAAGACCAAUUCAUCGAAGCCCUCAUCGACCCAAAAACCUGGCUCCUCUUCAUCUACAACUUCCUCGUCUCCCUCCCCAACGGUGGCGUCACAAACUUCUCAAGCCUCGUAAUCGCCUCCUUCGGCUUCAACACGUUCGACACUCUCCUCUACACAAUCCCCAUGGCAGCAGUAGCUCUCGCCUUCCUCCUCGCCAGCGCCCUAACCUGCAACAGCUUCCGUGGCCUCCGCUGCUACUGGAUGAUCAUCACGCUCAUAGUAAGCCUAAUCGGCAUCCUGCUUAUGCGCCAACUCCCUGUCGAGAAGAAAUGGGGUCGGCUAGUGGGUGUCUGGCUGGUGACAGUCUUCGGGGCUGGAUUCCCCCUUAGUCUAAGUCUGGUAUCGAGUAAUUUUGCAGGCUUUACGAAGAAGAGUACCGUCACCGCGAUACUGUUUAUUGGAUAUUGUGUUGGGAAUAUUGCGGGUCCGCAGCUUUUCAAGAAGAAUGAGAAGCCGCAUUAUUAUACUGCUUUCGCGGCUAUUUUGGCGUGCUUUUGUAUUGCCAUUGUGGAUGUGACUUUGUUGAGGGUUUAUAUGGCUUGGGAGAAUGGGCGGAGGGAUCGGAAGCAGGGGAGGGUUAUUGAGCCUGAGACGAGUGAGGCAGAGGAUGUUGUGGAUGCUGGCGGUAAUGGUGAAAAGAGGGAUGGGGAUGUGUCGGAUUGGCAGAAUCAGAAUUUCCGGUUUUGUUUGUAG